UGUUUCCGUCGCUGCUGCCGAUGCGAAGCAAACUCGGCGACCUGUUGCUGAUAGAGGAGCGGGAGGUUAACUUUUAAAAUCUGUAAUAAUUAACGGUAUUACUUCGUGCUAGUCGAAUAAGAUAUUCAAAGUGAAUGUGCUUGUAUGAUCGCACGUUACAACAGUAUCAGAAUGGAUAUUCUAAAAGGAGUUGUGUUUUAUCGUUCAAAUACUGGGUAGCGGAGCGUGUCUUCUCUCGAAAAGUGUUUGUUUUGCUGCAGUGAUAUAACCACUUGUGUUGAUUGCGUUGUACUGCUGCUCCUAGAUACAGUAUUAAGGGACUUUGUAAAAGUGAACUUAUUUUGUAGUGCUUUUUUUUUCGGACAGCAACUGACAUGCAUAAUAAUAAAGGUGGUGAUGAAGAAAAAACGGAGCCGAAAGAGAACGACAAAUGGAUGGAAAAUAAUGAACACGAUAAAGACUCGGAAUUGAACCCUAAACAGUCGCGAUUGGACGACCUGAGAGGCAGAGCCAAAAAAUUUGCUUCCAAUAAGUACCAUGUUAUCAUUGUGUUGUUAUGUAUAAUAUUGUUCAUCCUGUUUUUAAUUGUGAUAAUUUUAUCUGUGCAGUUGGGUACCUAUAAAUGCCCAGAGAAAAAUGAAUGCAGAACUUUUGAAUGUUUAAAUACAGCUGCCGCUGUUGUUUCUCGAUCCGAUGCGUUAGUUGAUCCUUGCGAUGAUUUCUGGGACUAUAGUUGCAAUGGAUGGAUGGCUCGAAAUCCUCUACCAAAAAACCGUGGAUCAUAUUCUGUCUCUGACCAACUGAAAGAAGAAAUUUAUAGUCGCGUCCGGCACAUAAUCGAUUUGGUACCUCAUGAUUCUGAUCCUACAAGUCAUCAGUUUAAAGUGAAAAAUUUCUACACAUCUUGCCGUAACUUGAAGGAUAUUGAAUAUUGGGUACCAGAAAAAAUAAAGCAAGCUAUUCAUGAAAUUGGUGGAUGGGCCGUUAUUAACGAUUCGCCUGGUGGGCACUGGAGUCGCCAGGAUGUUCUCAAAAAGCUGCAUGUCACGUUUGGUGUUUCUGCGUUUUUUAAAUUAUUGGUUGAAGCUGAUGAUAUCGAUCCAGUUCGGAAUAUCAUCAAACUUGUUCCAGGUGGACUUGGCCUUCCUAGCCCCAAAUACUAUUUCAAACCACAUGAUGACAUGUUUGUAAGAGCUUAUAAAGACUUCAUUAAGAAUACAAUACAAGAAAUGGGAGUCGCACUGCAUGAUGCAAACAGAUUUGCGGAAGAAAUUUUCCAUUAUGAGAAACGAUUAGCUGAGGUUACUCCUGAUCCAGAAGUUCUGAGGAAUACCAAAGAUUUGUAUGUUACUUUAACAGUGAAUGAACUUGAUCGUCUUUCCACAAGUAUACUGUGGACAGAUCUGCUUCAGAGUUAUUUUCCAGGAGUUGUAGGUCCAGAAACUGAAGUGGCAGUAUUAUCUGAAAAUUAUUUUAGAGAUGUAUCCAGAAUAAUAUCUUCUACUGAUAACAGUGUGCUGAACAAUUACUACAUGUGGAGAUUGAUGCAUACAUUCGUUCCACAUUCCUCCUCAAAAUUUAGACUUGUGGCAAAUCACUUUAAACAAACCUUUGAAGGAGUGACAGAUUUAAAUCUGGAGUACCAGGACAACUGGGAAUUCUGCAUAGAUGUGACUAGUCAAUUUUUAGGUCAUGCCAUUGGUGCUAUGUAUGUGGAACAUUAUUUCCCCCGAAGUUCUCAUGAAGAAGUUCAAGUUUAUUUGCAUAAACUUGUUGGAGCUUUUAACAUUUUAGCAAGUGACAUUCCAUGGUUAGAAGAAUCAAGCCAUGGUGCAGCUCAGUCCAAGAUACGUUCAUUACUUUUGUUAUCUGGUCAUCCAGGUUUUGUACGGAAUAAUACAUUGGCAACUUAUUAUAAAGAAUUGCGGGUUCAAGUUGAUUACUUUCAGAACUUGAAAGAUGGUGUAUACUUCUUACACAAGAAGCAGGAGGAAAUGCUUAAGAAGAAUGCUGUACAUGAUUACAGUUGGACAAUUUACUCCCAUGGAACUGAAGUUGAUUAUAAGUAUGCUGGAAAUCAAUUAGUUGUACCUGCUGGUUUAUUUGAGGACCCUUUAUUUGAUUUUAGUGCACCAUUAUCUGUGAAGUAUGGAGUUUUAGCUGCACAUAUUGCUAACAAACUUGCAGAAGUGUUUGAUGAUAAAGGUAUAAACUAUGAUAUGUAUGGUACUCUAAAGCCUUGGAUUGGCAAUAAUUCAGCAGUGGCUUUUAAGAACAAAAAAGAUUGUCUUAAGAAAACGAUAGCAAAUUAUACAUUACAUGACAUACAGACUGAGCCAGAAUUAACUGUUGGAUCUGUCAUAGCAGAUAUUGGUGGAGUGAAAAUAGCAUACGAGGCAUAUAAGAAACAUAUAAAAGAAGAAAAAGAAGAAGAUGUAUUGCCUGGGACAGACAUUAGCAAUGAUCAGUUAUUCUUCAUAUCAUAUGCCCAGUCUUUGUGCCAAAUCAUAAAAGCAGAGAAACUGAAGUCCACAAAAGAAUGUAGCACACGUCUACCAGAAGAACUGAGGGUACUAAGCACUUUGCAGCAGCUUCCAGAAUUUUCUAGAGCAUUUUCAUGUUCUAAAGCAUCUGUGAUGAAUUCCCGUCAGAGUUGUAACAUAUGGUGAAAGUUUUAUAUGAACAUUUGUUUUGUGAAGUGUUUUUUUAUCGUCUUUCUUUUCGUGUCUUUGAUUUAUAAUCAACAUAUUUUUAUGAAGCCCUCCAGUUAAAUUAUUUUUAUAUAGAUAUUGCAUUUUCAAUCAUUGCCAUUUUAAAAUUAUGUAUUUUAGCAUUUUAUGUCCUUAUUAUCUGCUUAUACAUAAUUGUAUGCAUCACGAAUAAAAAAGUUUCUAAGUAUACCUAAA